GAGAAAGUGCAGAGCAAGUGAAGCAGACCAGCCAGUAAGUAGCCUGCAAAGGCUGCCGCGUGGAGAAGGGAUUUAUUAACUACAGCGCUCACUUUGCUGAAUGGUGAGGGCGGGCCUCGGAGAACCUGCAUCUUGGAGUUGAGACAGGAAUUCUUGGCCGUCAUGGACGAGGGCAAGGCAGUAGCCAGGGCCUCCCUAUAGACCAUCCUGUACACAGCUGAUUCUGGCAGCCAUGCACGUGAGUGUGCACACACCUAGCAUGGAAUGGACAUGAGCAACACAUCUCGAAGAACAACAGUUAUGAAAGAUGGGUUUCUGCUCCGUAUAACAGCACAGGCUCAGUAGCUUCAACAUAGACCAACACAUAGCUGAGAACCUUCAGACUCCCUCUAGAUAUUUCAAAUGAGAGAAGAAGAAAUGAAUCUUGCAAACAGUGCAGCAUCCAGAGACAUAUUUGACUGGGACUACGUUCUGUGGGAAGUUCGUUGGAAGUUACUAGCAGCUGGCUUUUUUAUCUACCUGGGACUCUUUCUUCUAGCUCACUUGCUGUCAUCAUGGAUCAGUGCCAGUUAUCGCACUUUGUCAGGAAAGGAGAAGGCCUUCUGGAAUAUGUCUAUAACACGUGGCCUGUUUGCAGUUCAGAGUUGUGGAGCUGGCUUGUGGGCCUUGUUCAUAGAUCCAGUUUUUCAAGUUGACCAAGUGCAUUCGCAGCAAAAGUGGAGCUGGUUUCACUGCAUAAUAGCUGCUGGCUUCUUCUUGCAUGAAAAUGUAGUUAUUCAUGUGUCUAAUAUUGUUUUCAGGAUGUUUGAUGUGUUCUCAGUGGUUCAUCAUUUAUUUGCCUUUGGUGGGCUUCUUGGCGUGAUAACAAACAUAAAGUCUGGACACUAUCUACCACUGAUGGGACUGCUACUUGAGAUGAGUGCUCCUUCAACCUGCAUCUCCAAUGUGCUUUUAAAGAUUGGCUGUGCUAAUACCCUUUUUUGGAAGGCAAACCAAUGGGUAAAUAUCCAUAUGUUUCACUGCCGCAUGGUCCUUAUUUAUCACAUGUGGUGGGUGUGUAUUUCCCAUUGGAAUGAUGUGGUGGAAAAUCUGGGACUUCCAUAUUUUAUUGUCUUUUUCAUGGGGUUAAGUACACUUACAUUAAUACUUAAUCCAUACUGGACGUACAGAUCAACUCAGCGGCUCUUUGGUCUAGUUGACAGGAACUUUCCAAAUACAGAAGUGGAAAAUGGAUCUUCUGGUAAAUUAAAUAGUGAAACAUUUCAGAAGAAGAGGUUAUAGUGCUGCAAUAGCUGUUAGGGUAACUGGAAAAUCUGUCCGGAAGAAUGUGGUGCAGGUUUACUUCCAAGUCCAUGAAAAUAGAAUUGUUUAUAAGAAGUCUAUGAAUAUAUUGAUCCUCUCACAGAUUGCUAUCAGUGUACUAUACUCAUUUAUCAAAAGUGUUUUAAAAUUGUUUCUGUCUAUAUUUAAAGUACACAAACACACACACACACACAAUCUUUGACUCAGUCAGGAUUCAUACCAAUAAUUUUAGCCUGAGCAUAAAGUAGUAAAAUCUCAUUCUGGGGGAAGUGACAAAUUAGUGAUAAAAAGGCAAGGUAUGUAAAAAUCUACAGAAUCAUAAUUUCAGUGGCAAGAGGGACUAACUGCCUACCCAUCCUCUCCCCUCCCUCAGCUGCCAUCUCCAGGUCCUCCAGCUGGUGGAAUUUUUGAUAAUACAACUUUGUCAGAAAUGGGUCAAGUUAGGCCUUUUGAAUAACAUCCUUCUCCACGAACAUAAUGGUGACAAACGUAAAACAAUUGUGUAUAUAUCUAUUUGAGAAAAUAUUGAAAUAUCAACUUUUUAAAAUUAUACUUUAACAGAGGGAUGCAUUGCUUAGAUGAAAAUGAUAUUGACCUGUGGUAAUCCAAGGAGUUUAGCCUUGACAUGUAGGACUGAAAACAUUUAUUCAUCAAAGUCAUUAUCUGUGUGAUCUCCAUCUAGGGCUCCACUGCUAGACACAUUGUCACAUGGAUCAUCAUCCACAACACACUCACACAUCUUUGUUAAGGCAGACGGCUAGCCAGACAUUUGCAGGGUCGUGAGCAUCUGGUCUUUGUACAUGAGCUUUUGAUUAGCUGAAGGAGCACAUGGUAUUUUAUGCAUAACUGGUGUGAUCGUUCCAUCCUCCAAGACCCAUUAGUGCCCGAUAGGGGAAGACAGUUUUGGAUGCGGUCAAUUGUCCCAGAGCCAUUCUAUUGCCUGAUACUUUACCCUCUUGACAGCAGGUACAAGUGCAUCCCUUGUCAAUGACGCUUUUUCUCCGUUUGUCUGAUGCUUGGUAAACAUCCACCAACGUAGCUCUGCAAGUGUCAUAAUGUUGUUCUUCAAAUGGUAAACUAGGCAUAUGAACGCCCCUAGUGUGCAUUUAUGACCUCAUCAGUGACUGUCUCAGCCAUUCUGAGCACCUUGAGAGCAAGGAGAGAGAGACUCCGGAGUCUGAAUGAAAUGCCUUCCUGUAAGAUAAUGACAGGUUUCAGAGUAACAGCCGUGUUAGUCUGUAUUCGCAAAAAGAAAAGGAGUACUGUAUGCAUCCGAUGAAGUGAGCUGUAGCUCACGAAAGCUUAUGCCCAAAUAAAUUGGUUAGUCUCUAAGGUGCCACAAGUACUCCUUUUCUUUUUGUAAGAUAAUGUGGUCUUUCCAGCCAUCCUUCCAGUAGUGUCACAUUCUGAAAAGGUGUUGAAACUUGGCAGUGCGGCUGUUGAACAGGGCUGUAAACACCCAUGUCAUUUUUAUUCAGUUCUGACAAUGUAUUUGUUCAUGUGUUCCAGCUGCAUAAGGAAUGUUAACUGAACUGAGCGAUCCCUGGGUCUAGCACGUAUGGCUGGCCAGCGAGGCAUGAAAAGCUGCUACCGACACAUUGUGCUACCAGUAACAGCCUCUGAUACAUAAGCUGCCCUAUCAGAAUUUGCUACAUUUCCCCAAUUUUGGGGCAAUGGUAGUGAAUUCUGAAGAAGUAGGUUCCCUUUGUGGUAAUUUGCUACCUUUGAGCUUUUGUCUGGUCAGUGUAGCUAAUCGUGAUGGGUGGGUCAUCUGUUGCAAUUUGCUACCUCUCCCCUUUCACAUCAUCUGAUUCAGGGUACCUUUCACAUCCUCUGGUCCAUGGGUUACAGAUUGUGACAGGGCAUCACCACCCAUCUCAAUUAGCUACCCCUGGACAAAGGUGAAAGGUAGCAAGCCAUGGUGCAUAUUGAUGUCCUAUUACAAUUUUCUACCAUUUUGAAAUCACCAUUGUAAACAUGGACUCAAAUAAAGAGAGGUAUUUACAAACUUUAUUAUUGUAACCAGGUAUAUAAACAAGAACUGUUUACUUUCCGUUCCAAAAAAUUUUAAAAAACAAGCAUCAAAAUAUAUGUAUUGAUAGUUAUUAACACCUUUUUUCUAUACUGAAAUGAACAGUAAAAUUAAACUUCUCUAUUACUUGUUUAUAUUCCAGCUGCGUUAUUCCAAGAAAACUAAAAUAUUUCUCUUAAAAAAACAAUGAUAUAAUGUACAUAUUAUGUUAACAUCUGAACUAUGCAUACUUGUUGCACCUGUACUCUUUCUUCUCAUCAAUUAGGUUUUCUUCAUUAGUUCCCUCUGGAAGGCAAGGCAUAUGUUCCCUCCUCUUACAAGAGUCACACUGGAUCUUUGAUAAGUACUAGAUGAGAAAAUGAAAUUACAGAACUACCAAUACUAAACAUAAUUUCUGUUUACUCAUAACAUUUAUAAAAUGAUAUUCCUUCAACAUAUAAUCAUUACUCAAGAUAUGACUAUCAGCAGUGGUGAAAAUGUUUAUUACUAGAAUUAUUGCAAGAAUCUUGAUCCUUAGGCUGGUUAUUACAUUGGGUCUCUAUGCAAUAGGCUAGAUGUUGAGCCAUGGCUUUUGUUUUUGUACGACAGACCAUCAUAUUCUGCUUACUUAUCCGUUCCAACAUACGGUGUGUGUUUCUCAUACAAUGUUGUGUUCUUACUAUCAUGCAAGCUUCGUUUUCUUUUCUGCAAGUGACAAAGUUGCAGUAUAUGCAGUACACCAUGCGCUCUGAAAAAUCAAUACAAUGUACUCAAAUGAUAAUUACGUUGUGACCAAAACUCUAAAUAGAAAUGUGUAAGUAGGUUUCGCUUUUUCUUACAGUUGCUGUACAUGUUUUGUGAUCGUUUCUCUAUUUAAUGAAUGGUUGCAAUGACUUAGUGCUCAUAUAUAUAUAUAUAUACACACUUGGUUUCAUAUGAUCAUAUCAGUCUUAUGCUCUAUAUCACUCAAUUUGCUGUGUCACGUGCAGAGCUAUGCAGGGUCUAUGCUUCUGUCAGAGAUGGCAGAUGGUAAGGAGGGUCACGUGGGUUUGUGGGAUUUAGGGAAAAAAGGUGCAAAAAUUAUGUAUAAUUUUACAUAUGGGAUAUGUAUAAAAUUAUGGGAUGGUGAACACCG